CAAUGAAACAAGCUUUGUUAAAAAAUGUUCGAGAUUUCCCAACCCGCGAAAACGGUUUUCUUACAAUGGAUUGCUGGAUCCCAAGUCCCGUCCAUAUCCACCUUGUCUCCUGCACCGAUUCUCCCGAGUUCACUCACCUCACUCGGGCUCUAACUCGCUCCUCGGUCAUCGGGCUCGACGCCGAAUGGAAGCCCCUUCGCUCCCAACGAUCUGCUUUCCCUACAGUCUCCCUCCUGCAAAUUGCCUGUCAAACUCGAACUCGACUCGGCGACAACUCGGACGAGUCGAUAGUUUUCCUGAUUGACCUCGCCUCAAUCCCUCUAUCUUCGAUCUGGGAAUUGUUGAAAGAUGUGUUUGUUUCGCCGGAUAUAUUGAAACUUGGGUUCAGGUUCAAGCAAGAUUUGAUUUUCCUGUCUUCUACUUUCUGUGCACAAGGAUGUGAUCCUGGGUUUGAUCGAGUGGAGCCUUAUUUGGACAUCACAAACAUUUACAAUGUUCUGCUACACAAACCAGGGAAGAAGACAUCAAAGCAAACAAAGAGUUUGGCUACUAUCUGUGAAGAAGUAUUGGGCAUUUCCCUUUCAAAGGAACUUCAAUGUAGUGACUGGUCACAUCGUCCUCUUACAGAAGAGCAAAAAAUAUAUGCAGCUAUGGAUGCUCACUGUUUGCUUGGAAUAUUUGAAGUCUUUCAGGCCCAGGUUCUAAAGGAAGGGAGUACUCGUAAGGUAGUUAUUGGCCUACAUUCUUCUAACGUUACCUUAGGUUUAAAGGAAAUUCUUCAUACACCUGAUGUUGGUAAUAAGCUUACUGGGAUCACAUUUUGUAAAGCUGUGGAUAUUAUCCAAGCUACUGCUUCUUCAGAAUAUUAUCAAAGAAUAGCCAAGGGAGUAGAGAUAUUUUGCAGGAUGCAAUGCAGAGAUACCAAACCUAUGGAGGAAUCCCUGUUGAAGAUAGUAAGAAAAUAUGGAGACAAAAUUUUGUUGCAAGAAUCUGACAGAAAACUGAGAACUUCCAAAAAGAAAAGGAGAAGGCGGUCAGCUGUUGUUGCUGUUUCUAGUGAAAAGCAGCUCCAGAAUUUUGGUGACUGGCAAGGUCCACCACCAUGGGAUCUGUCCUUGGGUGGUAAUGGAUGUCCCAAAUUUUUGUGUGAUGUGAUGGUUGAAGGCUUGGCAAAACAUUUACGCUGUGUGGGGAUAGAUGCCGCAAUUCCUUCUUCCAAAAAGCCAGAACCCAGGGAGUUAAUAGAUCAAGCAUACAAGGAGAACAGAGUGCUUUUGACACGAGAUGCGAAGUUGUUAAGACAUCAAUAUUUGAUACAGAAUCAAAUAUACAAGGUGAAGAGCCUUCUGAAAAAUGAACAGCUGCUCGAGGUAAUACAGACUUUCCAAUUGAAAAUUAGUGAGGAUCAGUUGAUGUCCAGGUGCACCAAAUGCAAUGGGAGGUUUAUCCAAAAGCCUCUGUCAACAGAGGAAGCUAUUCAAGCUGCAAAGGGUUUCCAAAGAAUUCCCACCUGCUUGUUUAACAAGAAUUUAGAGUUUUGGCAGUGCAUGGAUUGCAACCAACUAUACUGGGAGGUAGCAUCUUGCUUAUUCUUGCAUUCCAAUUGAUUAAAUAGUAAAUACCCAUCAAAUAUUAGGAACUAAGGAAGGCUGUAGCUACGCCGCAUUUUGCCAUACAUGUUUUCCAACUUCUCAAAACACAAAAGGGGUAGGCCUUCUCUAUCCCAAAUUCCCUCGCAAUUAUUGAUUAUUUACUGGGUAUGCAGGCACAAAAUUCACUUUGCAAGAACUGAAACUUGAUCUUUAGUCAUUUCACUUGGUUGAAAGCAUUUUGAUAAACACAUCUAGAUAAGAGAUGAAUAGGUAGCUUGGUUCUUUGCAACCAACUCCGCUGACAAAUAUGUGAUAUUGUGAAUCUCCUUUUUUUUUUCUUUCUUUUUUUUAUUCACAGGGAACUCAGUACCAUAAUGCUGUUCAGAAGUUCAUUGACGUCUGCAAAUUGAACGACUGAAUUUGUACGUUCAUCAUCAUCACUCUCUGGCCACUACUGCUAUGGCAUUCAAGUUUUUGUCGUUUACAAACCCUACAACUUAAAAAUGUGCUUUAUUGCUGUUCCUCACAUCCGAGUGAAUGAAGAUUUUUUAUUUUU